AUGUCAAGGAUCAUGGACCAGGGCGUCCUAGAGGUUCCUACUUCCUCUACACCUGACGUGGCAGAAAGUCACUCUGUGCUGGACAAGAGUACUUCAGUGGAACCUGAGGAAAGGAAAAAGGAGCAUCUUCCAGAAGGCUUAUGUCCCAGCAGACAGAAAACAUCCCAAAGGAGCUCCAGCAGAGACUCCUGGAAGAUCUCCAAGAGCCCAAUGGCUCAGGGAACAGCAAGGAAUUCCACAUCUGUUAAAUCCCAGGCAUCUCCUUCUGCGAAAUAUGCUCAAAUUAAAAACCGGAGCAAACAGAGUCUCCAGGCCAGAACACCCCCCGUGAAGAAUCUUCAUUCAGGAAGGCUUGAAGAAGAAAGAGAAGACACUUCUGCCACCAAAAACCCAAUAAUGAUGCGUGAGCCAAGAAGGAGGAACAGCACUUAUUGCCUGUCUGCAAUAUUGAGGCAGCAGGAGGCAGAAGACACCAAAUCCAUCACAAAUGCCGAAGAACAAACACUGAGGUCUACAGGGCCUGGAUCUUCCCAGAAUACUAUCAAGACUAGCUGCAAUAAAGUCAAGGACACCAACAGCAAAUUAAGUGCCAAAGAGUCCUUAGGAUCAUUAGGGCCAGAUACGAAAGCAGAAUGGAAGCGCCUUCCAGAGAAGAGAAACAACUUGAUCCAUACUGACAGCAAAUAUAAAUCUGCCAGUGCAGAUGAACUUACCAGCAACAAAGAGGAACGACAAGCUUUGUGCGCGACAGCAUUAGUCAUGGGACAGAAAAGACUCAGUGACCGUACUGAAAUGCUGAAAAGCUCCUUGGACUCUACACCUUUUGCUGAUUACAACCAUCUGGGUUUUAACCUGAGAUCAAAUAUCUUCCAAG